ACUCCUCUUCCCCAUCCGUGCGAUUCAAUUGUCGUGGGUCCGCCCCCGUUUGCGGCGGCCGACGUCCUUUGUUGUGGAGUGGUGGCGGCAUUCCAGGAGGGUCCGUAGACGUAGGAGGACCACACCCUACGGCGCACAACCGGAGUCAAGAAAGGAAAGCGGAGAUAGAACAGAAAACGUGCAGAUGACAUAGCUCUCAAAAGCCCACCCAAAGAAGAAAAAAAUAGACGCGUUCUCUCAUAACUUUUCUAAGCUUCGAAAGCUGUUUUGGUUCCCGAAGCGUUACGGCUUGCUUCUUGUAAUACUUCCUCACUCGGAUUUAUUCUCGCUUUGCGAGCCGUCGAGCCUGCGAGUCCCUAAGUGUUUAAAAAAUAAUCAACAGGUAGUUAAUAGGGAUUAACUCAUCCUUCGAACCCCGGCUAUAAGCAAUUGACUUGCCUAUAUACUUACCUACCCGUACCUAUCAUGCCCACGACAGGAGAGACGAGUCUAAAAGCUGUUGGGCCCCAAGAGGGCUUCAUUAGCGAUGACGAGGAGCUUAAAACGCCAUCGAUGGGCGGCGAAUCUCUUUUCGACUAUUUUCCUUUCGAGGAGAUCGAAGCUCCUGCACCCGUUAAUCUGUCAGCUGCUACAACAGAACCCGAGGAUCAUCUUCUACCACUUAAACUUCAAUGGAAGAGUCCUAGCCAAUCGGGAUUAAAGAGUCUUCCUCAGGUGCACCGGAUCGUUGACUGGAUUAUGGGCCGAAACGUAAUAAUACAAGAAGACAAACCAUCGGCUAAAUGGUUAUCCGCGGCUGGCAACGUGGGUAAGAGUAGUAAGAGUAGUAAGAGUGGUAUGAGGGAGGGAGGCGAAGUGCAUUUCAACGGAAAGCGGCUAAUAGAAGACGACUUUUUCGACAUUGGAGACGUCAAGGAUAUCUGCCCCGCCUGCACGACACCAUACUGCCAGGCUCUCGACUCCCUGCCAUUUAAAAGCAGUCUGAAGCUCGGAUACAACGACCCAGAGACGCAUACCUGGCUCAUCGGCGACAAGUAUGUUAUGACCGAGGAGAUAGACGACGAAUGGUCAGAAGAAGCAGACGUUACUUUAACCUUAGCCACGGAGCUUAUUAGGAAAGCGACGAGGGUGCCCGUGCCGAACAUAAUAGCUGGUUGGAAGGAGAACCAGAAGGUAAUCACCAUCACCGAGAGGGUUCCUGGCCAGCGGCUUUAUGAUAUCUGGUGGGACCUACGGGAUGAUCAAAGGGAAAAGAUCGCGAAAGAGGUUGGACGGCAUAUAGACCAAUGGAGACGGAUGACAUCGGACAGGAUUUCGACUCUCGGUGGUGGUCCUGUGCGACGCCAUGGUCAUCUUUUCGGUUCGUCGCAGGAAGGGUUUGGACCCUUCAGGUCUGACAAGGAAGUAUGGAGCGCCAUUCAUAGACGCCUAAAGAAGAAAAAGGUUGGCGAGGACUUGAUUCAAAUCUUGAAGGAUUAUAUGCCGGAAUCAGCACCCUGCGUCUUCACACAUGGUGAUUUGUCCACUGCCAACAUCCUGAUUCAUAACGGGAGAGUUUCUGCUAUUCUAGGGCUCGAUAAUGCUGCAUGCCUCCCAGUGUGGGCUGAGUAUGUGGCGGUACAUUUCUGUUAUUGCAAAGAAGACGAGCAAUGGAAGGCGAUGCUUAGCAAACACAUGAAGAGCUAUGCUAGGGCGAAGGAUUGGUGGGCGCUGUGGACUGCAGUUGAGAAGAAUGCAUCGAAGAAGCACAUAGCCGCGCUGGUAGUUCGCUGCCAGCGGUGGCAAAGACCUCCGCAGAACAAACGAACGUUCGAUCCGGAAUUACCUAGCGAGAAGAAACAGCAAGAUGUCUCUGAUUUAAACCUCAUGCCAGAGUCACACCUGCGGCCACCCGCUCAGAAUCGACACCAUAAGACAUAUAGUCCGUAUAGAGCGGCACUCAGCAGAAAGCUGCUGAAGGGAAGACAUUUCUCGGAAUUACUGAAUGAUGUGAACUGGGAAUCAGCUGUCCACGGGGGAUCAGAAGAGGGUGACAUGGUGGGAGGAAGCAAGGCUAACUCUUCAGCAGUAACAGAGCCGCAGACGCAAGCAACCGUAGGAGUGGAAAAAGAUUUAGGAAGGUUCAUUAGGGAAACUCGCGAUGAAGCAUAUGAAGCUAAGCGUGUAGGCAUUGAAAGAUGGCUCUCGGAGAGCGAGAGAGGGAGGGAGUACUUUCCCAGACCGUUAGUUAUCCAACGCACGACGAAUGAUAAGGAGGAUGUGCCCCCGCAAAUGAGCCCAGUGAAAGAUCCCCCUUGGAGGGAGAGAGAUAGGCGAGAUAGGCUGAGGUCAUUCGAGAGACGAGAUAACGAUUCGAAAGGCCUAAGGCCAUUCAGCUUAGCUCUAUCCCUCUUAUCAGACAAUGCCAAGGAAGCCCUCCGAGAGGUUGACAAGAAAGGAGAAGAUGGCAACGAGAGCCACACUCGUGAGCAAUUCAUUGAGGAAACUCUUCGUUCUCUGGAGUCUAGUCCGGUAGAUCCCAUCGUCGAUGAUAUCACCGUAGCUCCUAUACCGCAGCAAGGUAAAGAAGAGGUUGAAGAUAGCGUAGAUACCGAGAAGAAGCGGUCUUCGAUUUUCACUCGGAAAACUUCUCCGGGGUUGCUAUAUUUGACACUUGCGAAUGCGGCGGCCGAGGGGAAAAGCAAACGAUAUAGAAGAAGUUUCUCCGAGGAGGAAACAUCGUUGGAGGAAGGCCAUCCUGCUGACGAGUAGCCUUACCUAUGGCUGAAUUAUUCUAGGUUUCUGAGAUCGAAGCCAUGGUAUGGGAAGUCUCUAUCCCAACAAGCUCCCGAUGCGCUUUAAUUA